GCUGCAAGUGCGUUUCUCUUUGCACUGGGGAAAACGCGCUCCUACAUGCGGCCGGUUCCAAAGUUGACAUGAGGACGACCAAGAGGCUGACAAGCAUUGAAAUGUCCUCAGAGUGACCCCUCGGAGCAACAGACAUCAUGGACAAACAGCACAGGUUACUUUCAAUGCGUCUUUUCCUCAAACAAGCCGAGGUAGAAGUUGUACUGAACCGCGUCGUACUGUCAUGGAGGGAAAUACAGAGGAACACAAAACACGACUCUGACAUCAGCUGCCCAGUAGAUACAACAGUGAGCCAGGUGGUCCAGGUGAGUGAGAUAGUAUCUGUCCAGAAGACGGAAGAGGGACAUCUACAGUCCAGCAGGAGGAAGAGCAGCGCCAAGCAACCCAGCCAGCUGUUCACUAACGCCUUCACAGUCUCCUAUGUGCGGCGGGCCGGUAAACACCAGUGGCGCUGCAGUGAUGUGGUGUUCCUGUGCCCGGACCAGAGCACGUGUGAGCAGUGGGUUAAAGCUAUCAGCAAUCAGAUCACAUUACUGACUAACCGACCAAAGCGCUUGCUUGUGUACAUCAAUCCCAUCGGUGGGAAGAAGCAGGGAAAGUGGAUUUACGACCAAAAGGUGGCACCGCUUUUUCAUAAGGCAUGCGUCUCAACUGAUGUAAUUGUUACAGAGCGAGCCAACCAUGCAAAGGAACAUCUUCAGACAGAGGCUGAUCUGGACAAAUAUGACGGGCUGGUGUGUGUAGGUGGAGAUGGCAUGUUCAGUGAAAUUGUCCAUGGUUUAGUGACUCGAACUCAGAACGACAACAAAGUGGACCUGAACGACCCGGGGGCUGAGCUAGCGCGGCCUUCUCUGAGGAUCGGCAUCAUCCCAGCAGGCUCCACUGAUUGUAUCUGCUUCAGCACAGUGGGCACCAACGAUCCGGUCACGUCUGCUUUACACAUCAUUGUGGGUGAUUCGCAGCCGAUGGACGUGUGCUCGGUCCACCACAACAACUCCUUCCUCAGAUUCUCUCUCUCGCUGCUAGGAUACGGUUUCUACGGAGAUGUGCUGUCCGACAGUGAGAGGAGAAGAUGGCUGGGCCCCGCUCGCUAUGACCUCGCUGGGGUAAAAACCUUUCUCAACCACAACUACUAUGAAGGAACUGUGUCAUUUUUACCCGCUGAGGACGACGUGAGCAGCCCCAGAGACAAACUGCAGUGCCGAUCAGGGUGUCGUGUCUGCCAGCACAUGUCGGCCGUGACAAAGACGACUGCCAAAGAUAGACGUGAUGGCUGGAAGGUGAUCAACGGGAAAUUCAUGGCCGUAAACGCCGCCUGUAUGAGCUGUGCCUGUCCCCGCAGUCCCAAAGGCCUGUCCCCCGCGGCGCACCUCGCAGACGGGACCGUAGACCUCAUCCUGGUCCGAAAGUGCUCCAGGAUUGACUUUUUCAGACACCUGCUAAGGCAUACUAACAAGGACGACCAGUUUGACCACGUGUUUGUCGAGGUCCACCGAGUCAAGAAGUUUGAUUUCCAGCCACGGAACAGUGAAACGGUUUCCCUGGAGGACCUCAGUGAGAAGAGCACCUUUACACCGGUAUGCCCCGGCCCCUGCACGUGUAACUGUGGCUCCGCCCACAGCAGCUGGACCUGCGAUGGCGAGAUCCUGCCUCAUAUCGCCAUUCAAGUCAGUGUCCAGUGCCAGUUGGUUCACCUGUUUGCCCGUGGCAUUGAAGAGACACAAGAACAGCAACAGUUUGUUUUUGAGGAUCUCUGACAAUGUGGAGACUAAUAUUUAGCUGCAAAAGGCUGAGUGGAUCUUGGCAAGAAGAAGAUACAAAUAUGUUCUUAUGUUUAUUGUACAAAAACAGGUGAUACUACAGUAAUCCUAUUUCAAAGUGAUUUUGAAUUGAUAUAUAUGGAGAAUACUGGUUUGCAAAGGCAGACCAGGUGUUAUUGUUGUAGUUAGAUUCCUGUGCCAUUGCCACAGCUUGCUCAAAGUUUGACUGUGGGCAAGAAUGUUCUUUUCUCCAAGUGCCUUAUGAAGCCUAAGCUAUUCCUUUAAAAGGUAACAUGAAAGUAAAAAAGUGUUAAGAGAUUUUUAUAGACAAAAUAUGUUUAUCUGGUGCCAUUUGGAGCUUGAAAUGCAAUAUGCCCAGUUUUUCUAUCUUAAAAGUGACUUGUGCAUUUCUUUGAAAAUAUGUUUUCACUUUGCAUCUAAAGGAAAACAGAGUUCCACAUUGAGCAUGACUGAGCUGGCCUCAACCAACAAUCUUUUUUUUUUUUUUUUUUACCUUUUGUCAUGAAGGACAAUUCAAAUUGAAUAUUCUCUCAGAGAGACAUUUGUGCUCUGGAAGGCCAGUGAGCCAUAAAGAUAAACUUAAAAGCACAAAAAACAAAGCACCUAGAUCUGAUUGUUACUUUGAUCUGAUUGUUGUAACUGUGGCCCCGGUGAAGUUGAUUUUAGCCAGAAGCGCUAAUGGAAAGCGGAAUACUGUGCUAAUACUCUAACAUUGCCCCAAUGGAUUGUGGGUAAUAAGGCAAAGUGGUGACUAAGUGAUCCGGGGCUUCUCUGCACUGCUGCUCUGCACCUGUGACUCUGAGAUCUGAUCUUCACUGGUAAAACCAAUGAUAGCUCAAUCAUCAGAUGAGGUUAUGCACAUUUACAAACCUUUAAUCCUCAUUAGGAAUAAUCUGGUGGUCUGGAAAUAAACCCAGUCUGCUCUUUAAUAGAAGCAUUAUUUCAAUAGAAUCAAAUAAAGUAAAAUCAAAGACAGUUAUAAGUACAUAUAAUGUAAAUUCUUACUUUAUGCAUUAAAUAGCACAUACAUCAGCCUUUUGGUAAUACUAUAAUUACUACAUGUUAAAGCAUGGAUAUUACCUGAGUCGUUUGGAGCUAGCGUCACUUGAUUGAAAUACUUCUGUCAUGUUGUUUUUUACAGUUACCCCUGGCUAAACAUAAUUUUUGCACUGUUCCACCCAAUAGUUCAGCUCCCUAUUAAAUACAUGUGAGUUGUUUUAAUUAUUCCUCUAAUCUCAUCACUUAUUCAGAACUAUGCAAAAUUGUGAGAAGGAAGAAGCCAAUUUUGCAAUGAUGAAUACAAAUUUAAAUGGCUCUAACCUUAUUUCAUUCAUAUCAAUUAGACUAUGCUUAGUACUGUACACUAUGUUUUUGUCUUUAUAUUCCUGAGGUGGUGAGUCCUUCUCUGUGCACUUGUUCAUUUCACGCUGUAAAAGUCGGCUCUCCAUGAACGUGGUCCAACUCCUAAUACAGGCCUAUAAUGUUUCACCUUCAAAUCUACUUUAGGAUGUUCUUCUGGUGCUUUUAAAUCUCUGAAAUGUACAAAACACUGCAGAAAGAUGUGAGGGGAUGCAACAAAAGUUAGAUGUUUAUGACUGAGAAGACAAAAAUGUGCUACGUAUUGCAAGUACUCUAUGCGGUGUGUAUCUCUGUAGAUGACUAAUUUAUUUGCUUAAUAAAAUCUUUUGAAAUCACAUGUU